GUUCAUUUAAAAGUUGCAUCUGGUACUGAUCCACGUUGGACUAGUGCAACAAAUCUAGAGCCGGCAAAAUGGUCGAAUGGACAGACUUCGAGCGCGCCACCAUCCAGGACAUCUUCUCCAAGAUGGACUAUGAGGUCGUGGGCCCUGCAGCUCUUUCCAGGUGUCUGGUCGUCUACCCCUGGACUCAGAGGUAUUUCGGCAACUUUGGAAACCUCUACAACGCCGCUGCUAUCACUGGAAAUCCGAUGGUUGCAGCUCACGGAAAAGUUGUCCUCCACGGUUUGGACCGGGCUGUGAAGAACAUGGACAACAUCAAGGAAACCUAUGCCGAGCUGAGUGUGCUGCACUCCGAGAAACUGCACGUGGACCCUGAUAAUUUCAAGCUGCUGUCUGACUGCCUGACCAUUGUGGUUGCUGGUCAGCUGGGUAAAGAGUUCACUGGUGAAGUCCAGGCAGCUUUUCAGAAGUUCCUGGCCGUGGUGGUGUCCUCCCUGGGAAGGCAGUACCACUAGAGAGCUGCAACAGAAGACCAUCACAUGCUGAUCAUUUGUUUAAAAGCUCUUUGUUUUUGUCUCAAAAGCAAAUAAAACAACUUGCAAAUUCAA